AUGGCUACUUUCCUACGUAACUUCAAUUGCUUUGCCCCAUGCAAUGAAGUUUCUGUGAAAAUUUUGGUAGAUGAAGUCAGAAACAAAGUUUUAUUUGUCCAAGCAGGUAAGGACUUUGUUGAUGUGCUGCUAAGUUUCUUAACUUUGCCAUUAGGCACUAUUGCAAGACUUGUGAGUCAAGAAUCUAACAUGGAGAAUGUUUGUGUUGGAAGCUUAAGCUUGUUAUAUCAAAGUGUUGCCAACCUUGACAAAGAUAAUUUUAGGUCAGCUUUUGAAAAAGAAUUAUUGGUUCGACCAAUUAAUUCGAUGGAAGAAUAUUGCAAGUAUCUAAAACUCAACAUUGAUGACACAGAAAAAUUGAGGUUUUUUAAUUGCAGCAGCAACCAAAAGUGCAUCAAUGUACCUAAGAAGCGAAACUGCCACUGCUGUGAAAAGAAAAGAACCAAUUUAUGUGCGGUUAAAAAACCUGCUAAGAAUGGUUUUGUUCCGGUGACCGCAACUUUUCUUAUCUCAGAUGAUUUGAAUGUGAAGCCUGAUAAUUCUCAAAUUUCUCGAAAUAGUGUUUCUCUUCUGAAGUAUCUUGGAUGUGAAAAUAUGGAUUCCAUCAAGAUAGUGACUGUUGAUGUCACUCGUAAGGAGAUACUAGAUCUAGUGAAGUGCUCCUUAUUGUCGGCGACACCUCUAACAGAUGUAUUCUUGUCGAAGAAACUGUUUCUUGAGAAACCAAGACCUGUCAAUGUAUUGGAUUUAGAUUUUGGUAGUAUGGGAGCACACCUUGUAAAGGGAACAAUAGAAGUAAAGGCAAUGGUGAGAAAAUCCAAUAAGAAAAUUCUGUAUGCUUUGGGUGAAGAGGACUUUGCAGACUUGUUACUAAAUUUUUUGACAUUCCCUUUGGGAGGAGUUGAGAACAUGUUAAAUGGAAACUCUGGCCUAGACAACAUAGAUAAUCUAUUCAAGAGCAUGGUUGAUUUGGAUCCUGAAAGAUAUUUUAGAUCCAAAUCAGAUUUAUUGUCUAAGCAAGUAAAAUCUAAUUUUGAUGGAAAACAAAUCAUCAAGAGUCCUUCAACAUAUAUGGUAACAGAUGACUUAGUCAUCACACCAGGUUCCUCAACCGAUGCGAUUUCCUUUCUGACUAAAAUGAGAAUUCCUCUCUCUGAUUUGCAAGAAAGAAUGAUUAGCAUUGGCAAUAAAGAGGCUCAUAGUCUUCUUAAAGCUUCUUUGAUCUCAUCAUCAGCUCUAACUAAUGGUCUUGAUUAUGAAUUUCGCAUAUUUAUUGUUAAGGACUUUGCAUUAAUAACUGGCUUGUUUGCCUUCCUCCAAUCUUACAUUGUAGUCCUAUUAUGUUUCGAAGCUAGUCAUAUCAGAAUUACUCUUCACUUCAUCUUCUCCCGUCCUCUAGUUAGUCUCCUUAGUUCUAUCAUAUAUGCAGAGACAUCAGAGAUUGAAAUGGUACCUUCCUUCUCUCAAACAUGUGGUUCUCUCAUAUUUUGUGUGAAGAGCGUCGAAGAUGGUUGGACGCACAAGUAA